CUAAACUGCUGCAUAUACCGUUAUAUCCACUCUGUUAAGCUCACAUAUAAUUCUUAUUUUGUAAGCAGUUUUACUACUAUUCUGAGUUUUGAGUAGCGUUCUUGAUUGUGCUGGUAACACUGAUUCUGUCAACACUCACAGCUGGUAUUCACUCUACACAUUCCAUCAAUAAAUCUUGUUUUAUUAUUGCGAUAUUUCUACCUUGUUUUUAACCUCUUAACAACGAAUUAAAUGUUUUUAAAGCCUUUUAAAGAAUACAAAUGAAUCCACUGCAAGUUAAGAAAGCUCAGUUGGGCAAGGGAAGAAAGAAAUGGCCAAACAAAGAGGAAUGGAAACGAAAUAAGGCUAAGAAACAAAGAUAUUCUUCACCUGGCCUACCUCCACCACCUUCAUGUGAUCAUUCUGCUACAGAGGCUUUUAAGUGUACCAAAGUGAGUUACCAGGAUGUACGGCGAAUGCACCAGAAGUUUUAUGAAAACCCAAACAGAGAAGCCCAACAGAAUUUCAUCCUCAGAUAUGUCACAGUAAGUCAACCCGCACAGGAGAGGUCAAGAAGUAGAGAUGAAUCAAGCCGGAAUAGAAAGGUAACAACAAAGUAUUACAUACCUGUAUUAAAGUGUGGCCGACCAGAACUAGUUCCAGUAUGUAAAAAACUCUUUGUGAACAUCCUUGGUGUAUCAAGAGAUAGAAUACAGUUAUUGUGUAAAAAAUUUCUUGAAUUUGGGAAUGCACCCAAGGACGAACGUGGAGGGGACACUAGAUCAUUAAAAUAUGCAGACCAAAAACAGGCUGUAAAGGCUUUUAUAGAAUCCCUACAAGUUUUAGAAAGCCACUACUGUCGGCGAAAGAAUAUUACGCGUCAGUACCUACCUAGCGAGUUGACUAUCAAAUCACUUUGGGAACAAUAUCAAGGUUCUCAUGAUGACAACCUUAAAAUAAAGUACGAUUAUUUCAGGAACAUUUUCGAUAAUGAUUACAACAUAGGCUUCGGCUCACCUGCAACUGAUGUCUGUUCCACAUGUCUGUCACUUAAAGAAAGGAUUAAGUGUUCUAGGGACCCACAAGAAAAAGACAAGCUUGAGACAAAACUCAAUGUUCAUAAAGCUAGGGCAGAUGCCUUCUAUAAACUGGUUAAAGAGCAAAAAGAAGGUGAAAUCACGUUUAGUUUUGAUUGCCAGAAAAACCAGGUUAUUCCGAAAAUCCCUGAUCAAGCCUCCUACUAUUUGCGUCAAUUGUAUAUUUACAAUUUUACCAUUUGUGAAGGCUUCUCAACAGAUCCACAAUCUAAGGAUAAAGUCUUCUCUUAUGUUUGGUUGGAAAAUGAGUAUAAAAAAGGCUCAAACCAAAUUUCUUCAGCAAUGUAUCAUCGCUUGCUAAACACAGAUCUGACUGGAGUGCACACUAUCAAAGUAGUCGCUGCUGGAUGCGGUGGCCAAAACAAAAAUAAAAUAGUCAUCGGUAUGCUCAGCAAGUUUCUGUCACAAGAUUCUCCACCGUCUGUAAAAAAAAUAAUGUUGCUCUUCCCAAUAGUUGGCCACUCCUUUAUCCCUCCCGAUAGGGUUUUUGGACGAAUUGAGUCUAAAAUUAAAAAGAACACCACUCUUUUGACAGACAAGGACUAUGUUGAAAUUUUUAAAUCUUGUGCAACGGUUAUUCGUUUGGGAGAAGAGUGCCCCAUGGUAGACUGGAAAGUGGCAACGUCUAAAACUAUCAANGACUGGAAAGUGGCAACGUCUGAAACUAUCAAAGAGCCUAAAGAUUGGCAUUUUAAGUUAAGACCGACCAAACGUAUUAUCCUGGUGAAAACAAAAAAAGGAAGCUGUAUUGUAAGAGGUGAAACUCAUUACAAUGUUGACACAGGAGUAGCAAAAAGUCUUCUUAAGCAUGGAAAGCACCAACAAGAAGCCCUUACUGACCCACAAGAAGAGCAAGACUCUGACAUCGGGGAAAUUAAUGAUGCUGAAGAAGAGUUGGCUGUAUAA